GAAAGUUUCGCGGGGACAGUGAUGAUACUACUCAAUCAACUGAAUCACAGAGAUACAGGCCAUUGAAUAAUCCCUGCACUAAGGUUUUCUAAAGCUUGGAUUCUGCUCCAGCGUCUUUCACCUUGAAGCGCGAGUGCAGGGUUCCUGUAUGCAGUAUCAGGAGACCGACGGCGUUGUCGAACUUGCCCACAAGGGGCUAACCGCGAGCUGCCAUUCGGAGGUUCUGAUUGAAGUCAAUUCUCAACCGCCCGGUCUGCAGACUGAUCUUGCGGUUGCCUAUACCUUAGGGGUGGACUAUCGUGCCCUCCAGAGCUUCCGAGCUCUCGACGAUCGCGAGCGCUUCACCGCUCUAGCGCUAGCUUUUACUUGUCGGGCCCAGUACCAUUGCGAAAUAUUUAUUCCUGUGCAUCGCGAGAUUAUUCGGGUCCCCGACGACUUUUGCGAGGUGGUUCACAAACUGCCGGCAAUCGCUCCCUACGUGACUGAGGCUGAGCGGACUGACAACCACAAGCAGAAAAGAGGUGCUGGGCGAUCAAGAGGCCUACUAGUCGUACAGACAAGGCUGACAGUAUUGAGAAUGGGAAUUGAUGGUCCUGUACGGAGUAGACUUGAGAUAAACUAUUGAACACAAUGACAAAUGGUAUAAAAUUUUGGGAAUAUUCAAAUAUCUCG